AUGGCGCUAACAACUCUCUGCGCUGUCGUUGCCGCUCUGAGAGUCCUUCCCAACAGAUCCCAGUUCUUUCAGUACGAGUCUGUCUCUCUGAGCUGUGGGCAGCAGGGAAACUGUUCUGAGUGGAGCGUUAAGAGGAACACAUCCAAAGACAGAAAUCAAGAGUGUUUCAAAUUCUGGGGAAGAAAAAAUGAAUCACACUGCUUCAUCGCUGACCUUUACCCUACAGACACUGGAGUGUACUGGUGUGAGUCUGCAGCAGGAGAGCGCAGUGAAGCCGUCAGCAUCACAGUGACCAGUGGCACUGUGAUCCUGGACAGUCCUGUCCUUCCUGUGAUGGAGGGAGACGAUGUGACUCUGAGCUGCAGAAACAAGAACAUCUCCAACCUCAUAGUUGAUUUCUAUAAAGAUGGGCGUCUCAUCAGGAGCAGCUCUACAGGAAACAUGACCAUCCACUCUGUCUCUAAAUCUGAUGAAGGACUCUACAAGUGCAAAUUCUCUGGAGCUGGAUCACCAGACAGCUGGCUGACUGUCAGAGGACAUCCUGAGCCGCCUAAAUUCUCUCUCGAACACAUUCUACUUCCUGUGGUGGUGGUGAGCCUCUUGUUGAUCUCAGUGAUUCUGCUCUGCCUCUGGAGAAGCCACAAAGGUCAGCCUGUUUUUGUGUCA